AUGCUGCUUGCAGUGCGAUGUUUUGGAAAGGAAUCAGUCAAAGAUAAAUUGUUGGAGACUCAGAAUAUCGUUAAACUGGAGUUCGACAACAUCCCGAAGAGACGGUUAUCAGCUGGCUUCCAAACCGCCCAAAGACCUGAAAACCACCGCAGGAAUCGCUACAAGCAUAUUUUGCCGUAUGAAGAUACGCGUGUGGUGCUGCGAUCGACGAAAAGUAAUGCAUUUGGCUACAUAAAUGCAUCGAACGUUUUAGUGAAGUUCGGUAAACAUUCUCUCAGGUACGUCGCUAGUCAGGCGCCGAUGCGCGCUACUGCCGUCGAUUUUUGGCAAAUGGUCUGGGAAAGUGGCUGCUUUAUCAUAGUCAUGCUGACAGCUUGCGUCGAAAACGGCGUCGACCUUUGUUAUCAAUAUUGGCCCCGAAUGAACACCGAAGGCAAAGUAAUGCGAUUCGGGGACUACGCCGUGACCUUGUCGAACUGCAUCGAAGCGGCAGUUCAUGUAUUUUCCUCAUUGCGGCUUAAACAUCUGCCGACUAAUCAGCAGCGACUGAUUUAUCAUUUUCAAUACCUGGAUUGGCCUCGAGGCGGAACGCCAAGAAGUCUCACUUCAUAUCUAGGCUUCCUCGACGAAAUCAGCGGUAUGCGAAGGCACGUUGAAAACCAAUCGGCGCUGAUGAACUUGAGCGCUCCGGGUUUCCCGUUCUACGAAGCUACACCUGAAUAUCAUCCGGAACUUGGGUGUCAUAUUUCCGACGUCUCUCCGCCUGUUCUAGUGCAUUGCAACUCAGGAGUGGGCCGCACGGGUGUCUACCUUCUUUCGGAUAUAAUGAUAUACUCAAUCGAACACAAUCUGGAAUUCGAUUUGCCCAGUGUGUUGGCGAUGUUGAGACAGCAACGAAUGAACUUUGUAGAUACGUACGAACAGUACCUGUUUGUCUAUCAGUGCCUGGAAGAACAUAUUCGUCAUUCGCGGCUAGUAUAA